UAUCACAUCCGUCAUUGCACGAUGUGUUUGUAAUUAUCAGGAGGUUAAACGUAAUGUUUUAUUGUCACGUGUGUAACUGCAUAUGCAAAAAAAAAUCUGUUUGUAAGUUUAAUUUACAUUUAUAGGCGGAGCUACAACACGAACAUAUUAAUAUUAUAUGCUACAACAUAUUAAUAUUAUAUAUUAUAUGCUAAUAACCGUGUGAUGAAUCGAAAAGCCAAUGGCAGGUGGAAUUCGAUCAGUUGUAGGCGGAGCUUGCAUAUUAAUAAGGCAGCCGGUUUAAAAGCAAGCGCGCGCGCGCAGAUCGUCUCCCACAAGCAGUGUAUGUUAUGAUGGCAGGAUUUGUGCAGUGCGGUUGUUUUGGAUCUUUUCUCUGUUUGCUUGGUGGCGUCACUGCGCUGUAUUACACGUUGAAAUGGUCGUGGAGGAUUUGGCAAGGCUUCAAGGUGUACGUGGUGUCCAGUGUGUGUCCAGCAGACGUGAGAGAGUACGGACAGUGGGCAGUGGUCACAGGAUCAACAGCGGGAAUUGGACGAGCCUACGCCAUCGAGCUCGCCAGACGAGGCCUGGACAUCGUCCUGAUCAGCCGAUCGCAAGAAAGGCUUCGCGGAGUUGCUGAUGAGAUCGAAUCCCGUUACAGAAGGCAGACUCGAGUCAUUCAGGCGGACUUUACCAAAGGACACUCUAUUUAUCCAGUUAUAGCUGAGCAACUGAAAAGCCUGAAGAUUGGCAUUCUGGUGAAUAAUGUUGGCAUGAAUUAUGCUGCAACGUUGGUGAACUUCUUAGAUGUUUCUGACCCUGAAAAGAGAAUCACCGAGGUGAUCAACUGUAACAUCCUCUCCGUCACACAGAUGAGCAGAAUGAUUCUGCCACAGAUGGUUGGAAGAGGUAAAGGACUUAUUAUCAACAUGUCAUCAGAAGCUGGUUCUCAGCCUCAGCCCAUGCUUACGCUGUACUCAGCUACAAAGGCGUUUGUGACGUAUUUCUCUCAGUGUCUUCAUGCAGAAUACCAACCACGAGGAGUCACAGUUCAGUGUGUAAGUCCGUUCAUGGUGUCCACUAAUAUGACGCAUAACAUCGAAGUUAAUCCUCUGGUAAAAAGUGCAGAGUCGUUUGCCAGAGACGCUCUCAACACUGUGGGUUACAGCUCCUUCACCAGUGGCUGUAUUACGCAUGCCCUGCAGCAUAUCGCUCUGGCGAUCCUUUUCCCAGGUUGGCUGCGACUGUCUCCAUUUUGUGUGCGCUGUGUCCAGAGGUUUGCACAAGAAAUAAAGCAGCAAAUAGAAGAGAAGAUGUCACAAUGCCAGAAGAAACAGGCAGACAGACACAUGUAAACCGAGGCCUACACCAGCAGGAGGUCACAAGACCACACCAACGACCUGAUGGGAAUGACUUGCUCUUCUGGAUAUGGAUCUUUGACAUGACUUUUGGCAGACAUUCUCAGCAUGUUCAGACAUUUACAGAUCUCAGCCAAAGUUGAAAUACACAGUAGUCGAUCGGCCAAGACAUGUUCGGUAUCCGAGUUUUUUUUUUCUUCUAAAUUAUGUAUACGGAAGUGUAACCUCCUGAUGAUCCAGCGGCAGGAUCUCAUGCUCUUAUCGCUGUGGCCCGGGUUCGAUUCCCGGCUAAGGAGCUAACCCUCUGUAGGUGAUUCCUGUCGUUAAUUAGUGGGAACAGCAUCCUAAUGUGUGGCCAGGACCUCGAAACCUAAAGCACAAAGAUAAUUAAGUUUGGCAAUAGUUUAAUAAGGCGUGAUCAUUGUGUUCUGUCAACAAUAUUCACACUGAUGUUUCUUGGCAACUCUAGCUACUGUAAACAAACUCCAGUGUGUGGUGGUGAAGGAAUAUCUUCCCCACCCCUUACUAAUUAAUGGUUAUGCAGUAUGUUGUAUUAUGAAGAGAUUAUACUAGUAAGUGGUUUAUAGCUGAUAGAUUCGUAUUGUACAAACUGCAGGUCUAAUUCAUGGAAUUUACAACGAAACACGCUUUACAUAAA